AUGCUGAAAUUCAAGAGGUAUUUGAUCACGAAGCUGAGUGCAAUCUACAGGUGCCAGCCAGGUCGGCUCUGGAUCUCCUUCGGCCUCCUCGUCCUCCUCCUGGUCACGCUUCAGGUUGUGGAGAAGCUGCAGCCUCCUGGGAGCUGCCAGUGUGAGCUGGAGCGGGGCCUGCAGCAGACCAUGGGCCACGAGCUCGGCUCUGCCCUGCACAGCCCCGACCUGCUAUGGGAGGAUGACUCCCCUCAGGGGCAGAGGGAAGCUGAGCCAGCCCCCGCCUCCACCGAGGAUGCUUUCAGGAUGCAUCUGUACCUCAGACAGGAGACUCCUCCGGGCAGCAGCCAAGAGGAGAGCUGGAUGCAGCAGCCUGGGGAGAGCAGUGAGAAGGUGAGAGCCCAUCUGUCACCCACGGAGCUGAAACCCCAGCUUCCUGGCCUGGAAAAUGCAGCCAGAGAAAGUCCUUCUCCAAGCCUGCCCGGGAGGGUCACCACAGAUUUGGCAGAAGCUGUCAGCAGCAAGUUCAUCAUCCUUGCAAACAGGCUGAGCACAGAGGAGCAGAGGGGAAUGCCCCCACCUGGAAUGGUGCAGGUGGAGGUACAGAGCCAGACUCAGCCUCGAGCUGUGGGUUCUCCCCACCCUGAGCGGGGCAUGUCAUUUACACAGCCCAUCCCAAACUUACCUCAACCUCUGCAGGCAGAGGAUUCCUACAAAACAGACCUGGAGACAGGAUUUCUCCCAGGCUGGACAGAAGCUUUUAAGGUCAAGGAGGUAACAGCUGGAGAAGGCCAGCAGGCCAGAGGAGUCACCUCUCAAGGGAAGACGUGCAAGCCCAAGACUGACAUUGUUUUCCUGAAGGUCCACAAGAGCGCCAGCAGCACGGUCAUGAACAUCCUAUUCCGCUUUGGGGAGAUGCACAACCUCACCUUUGCCUUCCCCCAGGGUGGGGGCUACCAGCUCUACUACCCCUACCACUUCCUGGCCAGGUUCGUGCAGGGCUUCUCCCCUCUGAGCCCCCGGCGCUUCAACAUCCUCUGCCACCACAUGCGCUUCCUGCAGCCGGAGGUGCAGAAAGUGGUGCCCAGCUCCGCCGUCUACUUCUCCAUCCUGAGGAACCCCGUGCAGCUGAUGGAGUCCUCCUUCGUGUACUACAAGGGCGCCUCGGCCUUCUCGCGUGUCCGCAGCCUGGAGGAGUUCCUCAGCCAGCCCUGGCGCUACUAUGACCCCACCAGCGGCGACCGCCACUACGCCAGGAACCUCAUGACCUUCGACUUCGGCUUCAACCCCGACGGAGACGUGUCCCCCGAGCGGGUGCAGCUCAUGCUGAAGGCCAUCGAGUCGUCCUUCGACUUCCUGCUCAUCUCCGAGUACUUCGACGAGUCCAUGGUGCUGCUGAAGGAGAUGCUGUGCUGGGAUCUGGACAGCGUCGUCUCCUUCCCGCUCAACAGCAGGGACAGCAGCACCAAGUCCCUGCUCCCGGACUCCGUCGUGGAGAAGCUGAAGGCCUGGAACAGGCUGGACUGGGAGAUCUACACGCACUUUAACAGGACCUUCUGGGAAAGGAUCGAGCGCCACAUCGGCCGGGAGCGGCUGCGGCGGGAGGUGAGGGCGCUGCGGCAGCGGCAGGCGGAGCUGGCCCGGGCCUGCCUGCAGGGCACGGGCAGCGUGGGCCCCAAGGACAUCAAGGACUCCUCCCUGCGGCCGCUGCAGUACGGCGGGGCCAGGAUCCUGGGCUAUAACCUCAAGCAGGGCUUGCCUCGGGAGCUGGAGCGGACCUGCCGGCGGCUGGUGACGCCGGAGCUGCAGUACAGCAGCCUGCUCUACAAGAAGCAGUUCCCGCCGCCAGCCCCCGAGAGCCCCCGGCCCGCGGCCUCCCGGGCCCCGCCGCCCCGGCCGGAGGCCACCCGGCACUGA